AUGGGCAAGACUGGUAUUCGUACGGCCAACAAGGUCAGCUUCGAUAAGUCAGCUUCUGAGCAGCCUGGCCUGCAUGUAAGUGCCCAAGUGCUGUCGAUGUACGCCUCGAGCAUCAAGUUCGUUGACAUCAACACCAGAACAGAUGGCAUCCAGAUAGCCCCUCCCAAAGUCCCCUUCUCCGGCACUAUCAAGAAUGGCGAGACAGUCAAGAUUGAAUGCGUAGACUGGACCGGUGGCCAGAUUGGCAACAACGACUCGGCGGACGACAUGCUCAACGUCGACCUGACCAAGAUCCACUACCUCAGCGGUCCGUUCGAGGUCGAGGACGCUCAGCCGGGGGACCUGCUCCUGGUGGAGAUUAUGGACGUUCAGCCGUUCGAGGACCAGCCUUGGGGCUUUACGGGUGUAUUUGAUAAGAAUAACGGCGGUGGGUUUUUGGAUGAAUUGUAUCCUACGGCGGCAAAGGCAAUCUGGGACUUUGAAGGAAUCUACUGUACCUCGAGACACAUCCCGGGAGUAAAAUUCGCCGGGCUCAUCCACCCGGGCAUCUUGGGGUGCGCCCCGUCCGCCGAAGUCCUCGACACCUGGAACGCGCGCGAGGGCGAGCUCAUCGCGGCCAACAAGCUCGACCGCGACGUCGCGAAGCCGCCGGAGCCGAUCAACGUGCACGCCGGCGCGGCGAACGCGGAGCUCAAGGAGAAGGUUGGUAAGGAGGGGGCCAGGACGAUUCCUGGGCGGCCUGAGCAUGGCGGGAACUGCGAUAUCAAGAACCUGAGCAGAGGAAGCAAAGUCUACCUACCCGUCCACGUCCCCGGCGCCAAAUUCAGCGUCGGCGACCUACACUUCUCUCAGGGCGACGGAGAAAUCUCCUUUUGCGGCGCCAUCGAGAUGGCGGGCGUCAUCACGAUAAACUUCAAAGUCAUCAAGAACGGCGUCGCCGACCUGGACCUCAAGUCGCCCAUUUACAUCCCCGGCCCCGUCGAGCCGCAGUUCGGUCCCGGGCGGCACAUUUACUUUGAAGGGUUCUCGGUUGAUCAGCACGGGAAGCAGCAUUACAUGGAUGUUACCGUCGCCUAUCGUCAGACGUGUCUUCGCGUCAUCGAAUACCUCCGCCGCUUCGGCUACAGCGACUACCAGGUCUACCUCCUCAUGUCGUGCGCGCCCAUCCAGGGUCACGUCGCGGGCAUUGUCGACAUACCCAACGCGUGCACGACCAUUGGCCUGCCGAUGGACAUUUUCGACUUUGACAUCUCGCCGGGCGCGGGUAAAGUCGAGAAGCGGGACCUGGGCAGCUGCGCUUUCGCGACGGGUGUGAAGGAGGGAACUGUUACCAAGGGCGGGGCGAAUAGUCAGCAUAGCUAUGGUGGUGGGUUGACGUAUAAGGAGUGA